AUGUCAGCGAAAAAGAGCAUUCAAGAGCGAUUCAGACGGGGGGAAUUUGAGGAAGGAAAGUUUACACAAUGCGGGGUUCAAGUGGAACAACAUUCUGACAACAGUUUUUCCCUUCUUCAAGAGAAGUACAUGACCCACACGGUUUCGGUCCCUUUGAGUUCGGAACGUAGGAAACAACGGAAGGAACCCACGACCGACAAAGAAAAGAAGGCUUUAAGAGGUGUGCUUGGAGCCCUCUCAUGGCAUUGCAACCAAGUGGCUUUCAGAUUUUCGGCCUAUGUUUCCUUGUUUCUCAGUGAGAUUGCCAAUUCUACGGUGGAGACCAUCAUUCAGGUUAACGCCCUCAUUCACAGAAUGAAAGAUUCCUCCAAGGAACCAAUGCGAAUUUAUCCUUUUGAUUUGAACAGAGUGUCUCUUUUUGCAUGGAGCACUGCCGUGGACGCAGAAGACAUUUUGUUUCUGUUGCGGUACCAAUGGAGCGAGAUGCAAGGCCAUGAACCUCACAUUCGUGAUCCUGACUCCAUGGCCCGGUUGACUGCAGGAACCCUCAUCACUGAUUCCAGAUCAGUGUACGACAAGCUGCAAAGACCAUAUAUCUCACCCACUGGACAGUCCAAGAAGAUUGAUAUUGAGUUGCUAGCCCUGAAGAAUGCUCAAAGAGAGACUGGCCUAGAGAUUCGUUGGGUGAACAGCCAAGCCAUGUUGGCUAAUAGUCUGACCAAACGCGGGGAAGACGAGCAGAUGAACCGAUUCGCGCUGGAAUCGCAGGAGGUGGAGGACGUCAUUCGAUCAAAACGAUCUAAGCCCAAGGACAUCGAGGCCGACAAAGGGAAGCUCGGAGUCUGGCAGGCUGCAGGCUGGGUGAGUCAUGUCAGGUUACGGCGGCUUUGGGCGAAGGAGACGGAGAGGGAGGAGGGCGAGGCGCAGUCAUCGGAGCACCGCACCUGUGCAACCGAGGACGGGAACUGGCGGUACCAACGGGGCCAACCCAGCGUGGACGGUCAUGUGAAAAGGCGGGGGCCCGUUGGGGUCUAG